AUGGUCAGAGGCACCUGGAGAUACACACCCCGGCCAGCCGCGCUCUGGAGUGGCAAGUGGCAAGGAAGGCACGAGCUGCGCAUGCUGGCAGCUGCUUCCAAGGGGACGCCCUGGGCUUUGCUGGAGGCUCAGUGGGUGGGAAAUUGUGGUGUUGGAUGGUGUGAGAGGCAUCUGCAUCUCACAGCAGUCCAGGGCAACCUGCUGGCGGCCCGCUCCGUCCUCAGCCCUGCUGGGGUGGGCAGCUUGGGCAUGAGCUUGCUGAGUGCCAGUCUGCCCCAACUGCAACCAACAGCAAAUUCAAAUUUCGCGCUCUUGCGUCCAAGCGCCUGCACUUGCUCCCAAUACCAAGCAGCAGUUCCCCUUGAUCUCCUGCCACCACCAUUGUUAGUCACUUGCUCAAAGCCAAAAAACCGUGUUUAUCAACGUCAAGACAAUGAACUCCAGGUUUCAUGUCUGUGGGAUGGAUACAUUGAGAUGAACUACUCAAGAGUGCAAGGAGUAAAUUAUCAAAAGGAAGAGACAGACUUACAACCCCCUCCUGAUUGCCGAUGGUACAGAGAUUCCAUCCUGGUAAACAGUACAGAUCGCUGGUCUGGCCAACUGAUGUUGGGUCCAGGCCUGCCAGGGGAAGGUCCUCAUCCACCAUGGACUUAUAGUCGGAUCAUAGUACAGUGUACAUCAACUUUAUGCCCUGCACCCUUGUGCUUUCACCACAACCUGAGCAUUGAGGUUUCUGGGCAGGAUGUCCGUCUCUUCCUGCUCUGGCCACACACCCUCCCAGUUUUUGAAUGGCAGCCAGUGCACCUGGGCUGGUGUGCACGUUUUAAGAGUGCCACAUGGAGCUAUCACUUUAGGAGUCAAGGGGGCAGUCCUGCAGACCUACUUAUUCCCAGCAAUCAGCACAGUGAGCCACCUCCAUCCACUGGCUACCCUAAUGCAGAAUUGCACCAAGUCUGUGCAUCCUACUAUAGCUACCACUUGACUGUGCGCUAUCCCCACCGUGGAUUCUACACUGCUUCAAUCAGUGUUCAGAAUGGACCUCGGAUCAGCCUUAGCCUGGACUUUUAUGUGGAACCUACCCUGUUACAUGUCUUUAGUGUAAAUUCCAAAUCGCUGAGCCACCCACAUGGGACACUCAGCCUUUCAUGGAGUCUUCUACAACUCAGCCAAGGAAUAGUAGCUUAUAAACUAUUAGACAUGCAUGGUACAAGAGGGUGGUCUCACUCCUACAAUUAUAACCCUUUUGCUCUGCAAAGUGAUUUCUGUGCUGCACCCAAAUCACAAAAUUCCAGAGAGAAGGUGGUGGCCAAUAUCUACUUUCGUACCAUUGAGAGGAUGUCUGGAGAGUUGGCAGGAAAACUAGAUUUCUCAAAUGAAACUUUGAUUUUCAGAACAAGCGGUGCAGCCUCAACUUACCUCACCCUCAAUCCACAGAAAACCAAAAUGGGCACCUACAUUUUUAGCCAUACACUAGGACUGUACUAUUCUACUCAGGAAGGCACUGCUACCACUGCCACUAGGGAGGGCUUCAGUUCCCACUAUAUCUUUUACCAGCAGCAGAGCCUCUGUUACUUGAUCAUUGUUGAAUUCAUGCAGCUACAAUUGCUCAAGUUCAGCAUGCAUGUAUAUCUGAACCGGAAAGAGACUCUGUUCAAGGCUCUAGGAGAAAAAGAUAUAGAAGUCCACGUUUUCAAUGGGCAUUCUCCUGAUAAAAGUUUGGUCUAUAUUGUGUGGUUUAUUCCUGUGCAACAUCCUCUGCUGCAGUGCGAGUGGACCUUCAACCUGCUGCUUUUUGAUUCAAGAGGCGAGGACCCAGUUCAGAACUAUACUUUUGCCUACAUAAAUCACAUCAGAAAUGCAAUCCAAUUCAUUCCUGACUCUGUCUUACCUUUCAACCCUUCCCUAUUCACUGGCUUUGUAGCAAAAGUGAAAUGCACUGGAAAUAGACUUAUACUGUCUAUUUUAAAAGCCACAGUGAAUGCUUAUGCUUCAAAGGUCAUCAAAUCCAGAGUUGCUUGCCAUAAAAAAUCCUGUUCUGUUAUAGAAACUAGUAUCCAGAGGGCUGAUGCUUCUCAACGCAUGAUAUAUUAUACUCACGGAACAGAAUUUACUCUGGCUGCUGAUACACAUAUAAAUUGUUCAGGCCCUAAACAAACAGAUGUCAUUUGGAACAUCUAUAAAGUCCCAGAUAUGACGACGGCACCAGAUUGGUCAAAACCUUUUAAUCCACCUGGUAUUGGAAAAAGAAAUUUCAUCAUCUUAAAGGUUCCUCGUACUAGUUUAGAUGCUGGCUUAUAUCUCUUUAAUUUUACCAUGAAAUUAGUCUCCUUGGAUACAUGGGAGAGCAUGGAAGCAUCUGAUUCAGUAUUUGUCAAGAUUGGAUUGGAUACCUUGGUGGCUUUCAUUGCUGGAGGGAGUAUCCGGACAGUUGGAUUUUUUGAUGAAUGGACACUCAAUGGAUCUGCUUACUAUAAUGGGGAGGCAGUCCAACCCUCUCAAGGAUGGUCAUUUACUUGGUAUUGCACCAAACAAAAAACAGACUAUGCAUCAAUGACACUUACUGAAAAUGCGAAAUGUCAUCCAGAUCAGAUAGAUUUGAAAUGGAUAACAUCCUCUGUUCCAGUUCAAACAGUGCAACCUAAAACACUUCAAGGAAAUAAUGUGUACUAUUUUCGCCUGGUGGUUCAAAAUGGUAGCAGAACAGCUCAGACUGAACAAGCAGUACAAGUACAAUAUCACUCUACCCUAAUCCUAAAUGUUACAUGUAUUGAAAAUUGUGGUAGGUCAGUAAUUCCAACAGAAAGAUUUUGUCUUUCUGGUAAAUGUCUAAAUUGCAGAACUAGCAAAUCUCUCUAUUACUGGUCACUACACUCAGCAGAGUCUAAUGAAAUAAGUUUUGACUGGUCUUCCAAGACUACAACUGGAAGGUCCAAUCCAUAUCUACGUAUAAAUGCUUUUGCAUUUGUAUCCAUGGCAGAGCAGUCAUAUACCCUUAGUCUGAAAGUCAUCACAAAAAAAGGACAGUCAGCUAUCUAUGAGUAUUCUUUUUAUGUUAAUAGCCCACCUCAGAUAGGAAAAUGUGUCCUUAAUCCAAAGAUAGGUAUGGCAUUCUUAACAAAAUUCAUUAUUCACUGCAGUGGAUUUGAAGACAAAAAUGGACCUCUUACAUAUAAAGUAAUAGCAGCAUCAGAUCAAAUUAAAAUCAGUACUAUAUCUUCAAUAGAGAGUAGUACUUUGGGAAUAUUAGUGUAUGCUGGUCAUGAGUAUAAAACACCUCAGUCUUUUCUCCCAAUCGGUAUACCAUCUCAGAACUCUACCUUAAUUAUAUAUGUUCAAGUGUAUGAUGCCCUUGGAGCAUGUUCUCAAGUAACUUUAGAAGCAACUGUGCUUGAUCAAAGAAAAAAUAAAUCAACUGAAGUUGUUCACAUUGAUCUGCAUGAUUUAAUCAGUGGACCGACUGCCCCUAUGACAUAUUUGCUUGUCACUAAAGAUUACUUUAAAAUAGGUUAUUUUGUAUAUAUGGUGGCCUCUGUAUUAAAUAACAUUGAGACUUCACCAACCAAUCAAGGUUCUAAAACUGAUUUGAGGCAAAUCCUUCUUAAUAUGACUACAGAGAUACCUACAACUGAUGCCCCAAAAAUAAACCAAGUGAUUUUGAGUAUUUGUCAGAUAACACAUGAAACCAUUGAAAUAAACAGGGAAUCACAACUGCUUGCAGUCAGAAAACUAAAAGAGGCCAGUGAAGCUCUAAAAAGACACAGGGACAAAGAUUUAGGUUCUAAGGAAGCAGAGAUCCUUGGCAAUGGCAUUCUGACAGGGUUGUCCAAUGUGUUGAGUGCUUCUCUCUUGGACCAUGGAAAUGUCAAUGUCAACGCUGUUAAAGAAACCAUUUCAGUGACAGAAAUAUUAGCUAACCUAGUCUUAAAAGGUAAAGUCCCUGGGGAACAUGAAACUAUCAUGGAGGCCAAAAACUGGACCAUCCAUUUAUGGAAAGAUGAGAAGUGGGAUGUAUCUGGAACUUUCUCUAACAGAAAAUAUUGCCGGAACUGCUUUUAUCCCAAACUGAAGAAAAGUCAUCAUGUCGAAUUACAGGUAGAUGCUGUGGUUUCCACUGUUCUUUAUGAAUUUGACAGAAAUCCUUUUCCAUGGUUGCGGUACACAGAAGAUAUUGGCACAAUGGUGACUGGAUUCAAAAUGACAGGAACCAAAAAUAACGGUGACAUAAUCAGUAUCACCCCUGAUGUAGUUGAAAUGAUCAUGGCUAGAAAAGAUGAGGCCAUCUUUGACUUGACAAUAGGACCGGACAAAAAGCUCCGUAAAACAACUGGUGGCUUUAAUUUUGAAGUAACAAGGAGUUCCAAAUAUAUUUUUAUCCAGAUUGUGUCUAAAAUAAAUAUUACUUUCCAGGUAUUUAUAUACCUAGGUCUCAACAUCAGUCAUCCUCCUGUAACUGUAUAUACUGCUUCCCAUUACAGUGCUCCAACCCCGAUGGAAAUGGAUACUAAUAUCAGCGACUGUGCAGUUAACGCUCCAUAUAUCCUUUGUCUUCCUCAAUCAUUGCUUUGGUCCCCAUUCCAGAGCAGUAGAGCAGACAGACUGAACAUCUCUAUUGUCUUACAAUCACGCCCAAUUGUUAGAGACCAAACCACAAGGAUAGUUCGAAUUGCUGUUUUUGCAGCAGCCUGCCUAUAUGUGGAUGGAAUUCAGAACCAGUGGAAAGAAGGGACUUGCAGCCUUGGCCCUCAGACUACCUAUUCCAAGAUACAUUGCAUCUGCAAAGCAAAAGAGCGAAACACACGAACAGCCAACCGCAGGUCAUCAAGUGCUUCAGGACUUGGCAUCCAAUUUUUGGCUGGCAAAGUACUUUUAUUCCCCAAUCAAGUUGAUAUGAAAAUGUUCCUUCUAGCUCCAUAUGAUCAAAACCCUGUGACAGGAUUGACAGUUCUUGCUAUUUUCAUAAUCUACAUCUCCUUGGCUGUUUGGCUCAUAAGAACAGAUAAAGGUGGUAUGAGGGACCAAAUCAUAGAUCUGGCAGACAAUGAUCCCUUUCACAAGAUGAGGUAUCUAGUUACAAUAUACACAGGAAGUCGUUUGAGAGCAGGCACCAAAGCCGAUGUCUUCAUUGAACUGAUUGGCCAAAAUGGGGGCAGUGAUGUGCAUAAAUUAAAGCAUCCACAGUUCCCAGAUAUCCUCCACCGAGGAUCCAUUGACACCUUUUUCUUAACUACUAAGAAUGACUUAGGAAACAUUUUUUCUCUUCAUGUCUGGCACAAUAAUUCUGGCUUUGAUUCUAAUUGGUUCUUAAGCCGAGUCAAAGUACAAAACAUGGACACUAAACAGUCAUGGCUGUUCAUGUGUAGAAAAUGGUUAGAUCUUGGUAAAGAUGACUGCCAAAUUGAAAGGUCAUUUGCUGUUACAAACCCAAAUAAACCCUUAAGCAAAACUGAUUAUUUUUUAAUUACUGUUAGCAAUGACUUGCUCAGUAGCCAUCUGUGGCUAUCUGUCUUUGUUCAUGCAGUAGAUAGCUCUUUCAACAGAUUUCGCAGGCUGUCUUGUUGCUUAGCAGUGCUGUUAAGCUCCCUGAUGUUUAACGCUAUAUUCUUCAGUACUGAGAACGUUCAACAUAUUUAUUCAGCAGGACUACAGUAUUUGAGAUCUAUAACAAUGGGAAUCGGAAGUGCUUUGAUUUCCCUUCCUGUGCAAUUAAUUCUGAUAACCUUGUUUAAGCAUUCAUCAAAAAAGCCUUCAACAUGUAACACAGCCGAAGCUCAGCAAGAAGAAAACCCCCCCAUUUUGUCUGAAAACCUUUGUAAAGAGGGCAAAAUAAAAGAUGCUCCACUUUCCACGAUGAAGUCCCAGCAAUGCCCACACAUAGACACUAAUUUCAGUAAUAAUUUUGCAGCAGCAAAGGAAACAUUUUCUGAUAAAAUACAGAAACCACAGCCUUCCUGGUGGGUUGCAUACAUCCCUUGGUGUUUUGUGUUUUUCAUAUCCGGUGUGUUCUCAUUCUCCAUCAUAUCACUUGGCUGGUCCUAUACCACCAAAACAUCCUUUGAGUGGUUAAUAGCAUCCAUUACAUCAUUUUGUCUAAGUGUGUUUUUCCUUGAGACCUUAAAGAUCAUUAUUUUUGCAUCCUGGAACACGAUUUCUGCAAAAUCCUGUGAAAACAUCCCAUGGUCAAGAUACCAAGAUAUUAAGUAUAAUGGCAGAACUAUGCCUGCAAAUGAGAUGACACAGUUACAUGAUCACCUUGUCAAACUUAGAGCUUCAAAGCAAUACCAGCCAAUCGAAGAGGAAGAGCUUAUAAUAUUAAGAAAGAGACAGAAUGUUAAGAAUCUAGGUUAUAUUUUUGUAAAGAAUAUGAUUGGUCACUUUGUCUUCUUAUAUUUAAUUUUAACUACUACUCACCCUACGGAAACUAACAGUAGCUUUUAUUACAAUCAAGCUAUGCAUAAGAAAUUUUCUCUCGGUUUAUCCAAAGUACAUGCAAUAGAGGAUAUUUACAGAUGGGUGAAAAGUGUCUUUCUGCCAUUGAUACACAAUGACCAUCAGCCAACCUAUCUUUCAGAAACCUGGUCCAAAGUUCUUGGGUUGCCCAGAAUGCGGCAAAUAAGAGCUAAACAUUCUGAAGUGAAAUGUGUCUAUCCACAUGGCUUAACCAAUACAUUUGUGACAGAUAGUCAUUGUCAAAACCAAUAUGGAAUUGAUCCAGAAGAUCAAACUGACUACCUUGGAUCAUGGUCAAUCCCGGUCAAUAGUUCUGUUUCCAAUCCCACUAGUUUUUUAGGCUUUACUUACGAACAAAGCAUUGAUCAGUGGGAAUAUGACUCACAUGGAGAAUUAAACAGAUAUCCAUCCAGAGGGUACAGCUUUUAUUUUUUCCCAGAAGAACCACAAAUAAAUUCAACAGAAAGACUGGAAGCUUUGGAAAUGAAAAGUUGGCUUGAUCGCAGGACCUGGGUAGUUAUUAUAGAACUGACCACUUUUAAUCCAGAUGCAGAUCUGUUUUGCAGUAUUUCUGUCUUAUUUGAAUUUUCAUAUAUUGGCCCUCUUAACAGUAGUGUGUCAGUUCAUUCUUACAAGCUCCCCCUUCUAGCUGACCAAACCACCAGACAAUUUUUUUUCUUUUUAGGCAUUGUAUAUAUGCUCAUAAUUUAUAUUGUUGAUGAAUACCGCAUGUUGCGUCAAGAAAGACUGAAGUACAUAAAAACAGCUGCCAACUUAAUUAACUUUGGAAUAAAGACAAUCUGCGUAUUAUAUCUGGUGCUAAUUAUAUCCAGAUUUAAGCUUGCUUUUGACUUAAUGCAAUUUUAUUUGUACAAUCAAGAACUAUUCAUUCCCUUCCAUGCAGCUUCUCAAUUUGAUCAGGUUCUCAGAAUAACUAAGGCAUUAUUGGGUUUUCUCCUAGUUUUGAAAACGUACCGGUAUCUCAGAUUUAUGUUUGAUGUUCGCCUGGCCCAAAAAUCCUUGUUUGCAGCUCUUCCUACAAUUGCUAACUUGUCUAUAGGAGGGGCCAUUUUUUUUUUUGCAUAUAUGUCAGUUGGGUAUCUAGGUUUUGGCCAACAUGAACGGAAAUAUCGUACUCUGCUUUAUUCAUUUACUACUGUUUUAUCUUAUUGUGCCUUAGCAUUUAGGGGCAGUGAAUUUAAAUCUGCUAGGUUUCUGGCAGGGUUUUUUUUACCUUCCUUUAUGUUUGUGAUGGUUUGUGUUUUUAUCAAUUUAAUUCAAGCUAUCAUGAUCUCUGCUUAUAUGGAGGUGAAGCAACUUGUCUAUGAAGAACCUUCAAAUGAAGCUGAAAUGAUGUAUUUUGUGGUCCAGAAGAUCUACCGUGCCUGGAUUUUGGCCACCACUCGUAUCCGGCCCACAACUGAAACCAGCAUUUUAAACACUGUGCUAUAUGGAAAACACAGAAAAUGUAACAUGCAACCGUUUAAAAAUAAAAAAGAAUAA